AUGGUUUUCCUUUCCAAAGAAAUUCUACUGGAAACAUUACUGGGUUAUGUUUCCUGGUCUCUUUACCAUGCUCUCCCACCAAUGAUUUAUUAUUUUCCUUUACAAACAUUGGAACUCACUGGGUUAGAAGUUUUUUCUCUUGCUUUUCUCUCUCCAAUGUUAUUAAUAAUCAGUCCAUUUUGGAGGCUGGUCAACAAGAAGUACAUUUUAGCAUUGCUACGGUUGAUUAUGAUGGGAAGCAUCGCUUCAUACCAAGCUCCAAAUGCCUACCUUCGACUCUUGAUCUUGGCUUUGGGUGUUGCUUCAUCAUUGGUAGUUCAAACUGUAACGUGGUGGACUGGGAACAGUGUGCAAAGGAUUCAGUUGCUGUAUUCAUCAAUAUCUUCUCUCAAAAUAGUAAAACGUGUUCAGUGGUUUCAACCUGGUCCAGCCCACAAGGGCAAAGCCUCUCUGAAAAUGGAACUCCUUUAUAGCGACCUUCCAGUACUGCUGAAGAGAUUCAGAAGUUCAUCACACUCUGGACCUGCCUACCUAUUUUGUAACAGGAGGAUUGUAUUAACAAGUGUUAUCAUGCUGCUUAUUAUCAUAGAUAUUCUAGUUAGUUGCAGGAAUGAUCUUCACUGUCUGUUUGGGGUAAACAAUAAUAAUAAAGCCCUCUUCAAACAAAGUGAACAAUACAUCAAAUUAUUUUUGUGGCUGCUAGUUGGUAUUGGUUUACUGGGAUUAGGACUGCGAUAUAAAGUUUAUGAAAGAAAAUUAGGCCAUGGUCCUCCAAGGAAAGACUUCUCUGCCUUGAUCUGGCCAUUCAGGUUUGGCUAUGAUAAUGAAGGAUGGCCUAAUCUGGAAAGAUCAGCUAUUCUGCUUAAUCAAACAGGUGCGGACUUUAUUACUAUUGUGGAGAGUGAUGCCUCUAAGCCAUUCAUUGGAAACAAUGAUCCAACCAUGUGGCUAGGGGAAAAACUUGGUUUUUACACAGAUUUUGGCCCAAGUACACGGGAUCAUACUUGGGGGAUGAUGGUUCUAUCAAGGUACCCAGUUGUGAGAUCCAGGCAUCACCUUAUCCCCUCUCCUGAAGGAGAGAUAGCACCAGGCAUUUCCAUGACUGUUAACUUCACAGGAAAACUGGUGGAUUUUGUGGUUGCUCAUUUUGGAAAUGAGGAAGACGACUUAGACAGAAAGCUCCAAGCAAUAACUGUUUCCCAUCUAUUGAAAACCAGCUCCAAUCAGGUUGUUUUUCUAGGAUACAUCACUUCAGCUCCUGGUUCCAGAGAUUACUUGCAACUAAUUGAAAAUGGAAAUGUUCAGGAUAUUGACAGCACAGAUAAAGACAGAUGGUGCAGUUAUAUAAUGUAUCGUGGCUUGAUAAGGUUGGGCUAUGCUCGAAUUUCCCAUGGUCAUUUGAGCGAUUCAGAACUUCAAAUGGCGAAAUUUAGAAUCCCAGAUGAUACAGCUAAUUAUGUUGACAAUGACAAAAUCACCAUUGACCUCAGUGAAGUUCCAAAGGAAACACACUUUAGUGCCAGAGUAUUUCAAAGACAUCAUGGAUGUGGUUCUGAAAACUAGGACUGCAUGACUGGCUACCUCUCUUCCUUGCAUAUCUGUAAACAAAUGGAUACUACAAGACCACCACAAGUCCCCACUCUUUGGUGGCAGAGCUGUAAGAAGAACCUGUGUUCCAAGAACCCAUACACAGUGGCUCCCGGGGCCUCCGUGAAGGGCAACUGGU